UCCCAACCUGAUCAAACACCAUAGUACUGUUUUCUCCAUUGGAACAGGACAAUGAUGAGGAGAGGGCGGUCCUGUUCCUCCUCUUCGUGGCACACGAACGGUUUUGAACUGAAUAUCGGAGACGCCGCCCUUGCGGAAGAUCAAACCCCACUUUACUGGCGCGAAACGCUCUCUCUCUCUCUCUCUCCUUUCCUCCCUGUCUCUUUCCUUCUUGCGGGUUUGCCUGUUCAGGGUUUUUCUAGCUAGCGGCAACAUUAUUGUCCUGGAAGAUGGAUUUAGGCGCCCCGGAAAGCAGAUUAGGAGCUUUGGAUAACUUGGGCAGCGACGCCAUCAACGAAAUCGCCCAGAGUUGGGAGGGAUUCUGCGCGUGCCUCGACGUACUCUUGAGUGGUUGCGGGGGCCCGUCGGUGGAGUCCGAGUUCACCGCGUACGUCAAGGUUCUCAGUAGACAUGGGUUCGCUUCGUUGAUCCAGCAAUACAUUCUUCAGGCUGUCGAGCAAUCUUUUGGGGAAAAGGGCGCAUUGAAGUUUUGGCAGGAAUUUGACUUCAGUCAUGAUUUUUCUGCAUCACAAGAUCGUACAACACAAGAUGUUCUUGCUGCAUCAUUGGAAGAAAUAUGCUCAUUAAAGAAACAUCAAGAAAAGUGCCUAUCAUUCCUCGGGACUGUUCUGUCAUUCCAUCAGGAUUUUCCUACAUCAUUGAAAAGCAGUGUCGUGUUCCAAAACAACCUUCUUUCCAAGUACCAGUUGAUGGUCGCUGCAGUUAUGUUAAGUACUCUUCCUGGGCAUUUUCCAGAAUUUCUUCAUCUGUACUUUAAACGGAGGUUAGAAGAGUUAAUCAUGAUAAUGAUGGAUGAUCAAGACAGAUCAAGGACGGAUAUUCGGUUCAGCACUGGUAAAUGGUUUGGAAGCAAGUCACAUGGAGUGGAUGAGAUGGAUGUUGAUGAUAGUAAUGAAGCAGCAACUUGUUCCAGCAAGAACAGGUUGGUUAGAAAGUUUGGGAAAGUUGUCAGUAACCUUAGAAGCCUUGGCUUUGCUUCCAUGACUGAAGAUGCAUAUGCUUCUGCUAUUUUUCUUCUACUGAAGACGAAGGUUGAGGAUCUGGCAGGGGAUGAUUAUAGGGCUCCUGUUCUCAAUUUAAUUAAGGAAUGGAUUCAGGCCAUUCUCCUCCCAUUUCUCUCUGCUCUUCUUUCUUAUAUGGGUGAUGUAUUUGAUUCUAAUGAUGGCUUAUCAAGUAGGAAAUCACCUUUGGCUUUUUCUCCUUCAUUUGAUGGUGAAGGUAUCGCCUGUGAGAGACUUAUCAGAUGGAAGCUCCGUCUGGAGUACUUUGCUUAUGAAACAUUACAAGAUUUGAGAAUUGCCAAGCUGUUUGACAUAAUUGUUGAUUAUCCUGACAGUUCUCCUGCAAUUGAAGAUCUGAAACAAUGCCUAGAGAAUACUGGCCAGCAUUCAAAACUCAUUGAUUCUUUCAUAUCUGCACUACGAUACCGUUUGCUUACUGCUGGUGCAUCGACAAAUGACAUAUUGCAUCAGUAUAUUUCUACAAUAAAGGCACUUUGUAGGAUAGAUCCAACUGGUGUGUUCCUUGAAGCAGUGAGUGAACCGAUAAGGGACUAUUUGCGAGGCAGAAAGGAUACCAUAAAAUGUAUUGUAAAUAUGCUCACUGAUGGAACUGGAGGAGGUACCAAUGGUUCAGGGGGUGCUGGGGACAGCCUUCUUGAAGAAUUAAACAGAAAUGUGGAUAAUCUAGAGAUAUCUGACCAUGACAAUGAUUUUAAUUCAGAUGAUAAACAAGCGUGGGCUGAUGCUCAAAGCUGGGAGCCUGAUCCUAUAGAGGCUGAUCCAUUGAAGGGUGUCCGAAAUGGGAGGAAGGUUGAUAUUCUAGGAAUGUUGGUGAGCAUCAUUGGCUCAAAAGAUCAACUUGUGAACCAGUAUCACAUCAUGUUGGCUGAGAAGCUUCUAAAUAAAUUGGACUAUGAUAUAGAUUCAGAGAUUCGCACAUUGGAACUCCUUAAGAUACAUUUUGGAGAGAGUAGCAUGCAAAAAUGCGAGAUUAUGCUAAAUGAUCUAAGAGAUUCUAAGAGAACGAAUUCCAGUAUAAAGGAAGAUUUAGCAAAGUCAUCUAAAAAAGGGACAUGUGAACCGGAAAAUGAAGUGUCAAUGGAUUUGUUUGAUGCAACAAUUAUAUCAACAAAAUUUUGGCCUCCUUUCCAGGUGGAGUUAGAAUCUCUCUGUCUGCCUGGUUCAAUAGAUCAGUUGGUUAAAGAUUAUGCACAGAGAUUUCAUGAACUCAAAACCCCUCGCAAGCUAAAUUGGAAGAAAAAUCUUGGUGUUGUGAAGUUAGAGUUGGAAUUUGAAGAUCGAUCCCUUGAGUUUAAAGUAUCUCCACUAUGUGCGGUUGUUAUCUUGAAAUUUCAAGAACAAACAAGCUGGACCUCAGGAAAACUUUCUGAUUCAAUUGGAGUGCCUGUAGAUGUUCUUAAUAGAGCAAUAAGUUUUUGGAUAAGUAAGGGAUUAAUUGCCGAAUCAUUAGGAAGUGGGAACAAUGACAAUAUUUUGACGCUCAUUGAAGAUUUGGGUGAUGCAAACAAGAAUAGUCUUACUACGGGCAGAUUUGGUGGACUUCUGGCUGUUGAGGAGGAAGGAGAGAGCUCCAUGUCCUUAGUGGAAGAGCAAGUUAAGAAGGAAAUGACAGUAUAUGAGAAAUAUGUAUUUGGAAUGCUUACAAACUUUGGUAGCAUGACCCUUGAUCGAAUUCAUAACACUUUGAAGAUGUUUUGCAUGGGUGAUCAUCCUUACGACAAAUCAAUUCAUCAGUUACAGAACUUCUUAUCAGGCCUUGUAUCAGUGGAAAAAUUAGAGCUGCGAGAUGGUACAUACUUGUUGAAAAAGUAGCCAUUUAUCUUAUAGGCUAUAUUCACUCAAGCGGCUUUACAUGUAUUACAAAUGGUGUAUUAGUUAUUGUAUGUCUGUUAAUUGAGUUCAAGUAUCUGGGUUCCUUUUUCUUAUGGUUUUUGUAGUCUCUCUAUGUAAGUCUCUUUUUUCUUGGAGGUGUCGACUUGAUUGGUUCUAUAUGGCGAGGUGUCUGGGCCACAAUGAGUUGAUGGCUCUCUCUCUCUCUU